UUAUGUAACCGUUUCCAGUAUACUUACAAAAAUUCACAAAGCAUCACUUCUCUCCCUUUCAUAUAAACUCAGUUUGUUUGAGUCUUUAUACAUAUUUCUUUAUCAUAACUAAAGUAGUAGUUGAAAGUCAAGGCGAACAUGUCUGUCUCAAGUUUUGUUGCAGCUCCAAUUGCUGGAUCAACCUAUCUUGGUUUGAAAUCCAACAGCACCAACCUUUUUCCUGCUAAGGAUACAAUCACUUGGAACCGAAAAACUAUUUCCAAUGGCUCUAAAACUUACUGCAUGAAGACUUGGAAUCCGAUCGACAACAAGAAAUUUGAGACACUCUCAUAUCUGCCACCUCAAUCAGAAGAUUCGAUUGCAAAGGAGGUUGAUUACAUGAUCCAAAAGGGCUGGAUUCCUUGCCUUGAAUUUGAUCAGGUGGGAUAUGUACGCAGGGAAAAUAGCCGCAUGCCAGGCUACUAUGAUGGAAGGUAUUGGACACUGUGGAAGCUGCCCAUGUUUGGCUGCAAUGACUCAUCCCAAGUUCUCAAUGAAAUCCAAGAAUGCAAGAAAGCCUACCCAAAUGCUUUCAUUCGUUGUUUGGCAUUUGACAAUGUUAAACAGGUUCAGUGCAUGGCCUUUCUCAUUCAGAAACCUGCAGCAGCAUAGAAGAAGUCACAAGAUUUCUGUUUGUAAUUGUUGAACUCUUUUCUGUUUGUUUGAAUAACAUUAAGCAAACUUAGUCCUUAAGGGUGAAGGCCAUGGAAUUUGAAAUCUGGACCUCAAGGUUUAUGGUUGAAGUCGUAUAUCUUAGUUUUGGAAAAUAAGAAGAUGGCUACAUGCUAUUUAUCAACAUGGUUGUAAUAACUGUUGCAAAUUACCUUAGAAUUUUCAAAGAAAUUUUAGAGACAAGCUUGUGUUGAAAGCAAUGUUUAAGAUUUCCAUUAUGUAGUUUGGUUUUGUGCUAA